AUGGAAAGCAGUAAUUCAUCACUAAAGCAUGUGUUCGAUUCAUACAACGGCACUGCAAAGACUAUGGAAGGCAAGAACUUCGUUAAGUUAGCCAAAGAUUGCAAAAUCAUAGAUAAAAAACUCACAGCUACUGAUGUUGACUUGAUUUUUGCAAAGAUCAAGGACAAGUCCGAGAGGAAAAUUACCUACGCACAAUUCGAGAAAGGUCUUGAAUUCUUCGCAGAAAAGAAGGGAUGCACUCCAGCUGAUAUUGUCGAGAAGAUCCUCGCUACAGGAGGUCCUCAGUUCAGCGGAACCUAAGCUGAUCAUGUCAAGUUCCACGAUGAUAAGAGUCUCUACACAGGUGUUUAUGCUCAAGGUGGACCCACUAAUGUUGAUCAAAUUAACCCAACUGUGACUUUCGGAAGCGCUCCUCACAAUGAUGAAGAGGAAGAGAAGGUCCCAACAAAGAGGAUGGCUUAGAUGUCAGUUAACAACAACCCAGCAGGCAGUUUGAAGGAAGUAUUCGAGGGAUUCACUGGAGGAGCAGCUGAGAUGGACGGAAAAACUUUCGCAAAGAUGUCUAAAGAUACCAAGAUUCUCGAUAAAGCACUCACUGCAACAGACAUUGAUCUUAUUUUCGCUAAAGUCAAGGACAAGGCUGCAAGGAAGAUUAACUAUGCACAGUUCUAGAAAGGUAUUGAGGAAUGUGCUACAAAAAAGAAAAUUACCUUUGAGUAAUUGGAAGAGAAAAUCCUGGCUGUAGGAGGUCCAGUAUUCACAGGUACCAAAACAGACAAGGUCAAGUUCCAUGAUGACAAGAGUCUAUAUACAGGAGUCUAUGCCUAAGGAGGCCCUUCAACUAUUGAUGCUGGUAAUGGCAUGAUUUCAGAUAUCUCAUAGCUUUGUGAUAGAAGUGACGCCAAUGUAAGAGGAGUCAAGAAGCACUGA